UCACGUGACAGAGGACCGUCUGUGGUUGGUGAUGUGACACUGCUGCUAGCACUCGUUAGCUAAGUUUGUUGACUUUCGCAAUUACUCGCGGCUCCUGACCGUUGAGGGAAAAGCCAGCAAAAAUGGACAACAGCGGGAAAGAAAAAGAAGCCGCGGCCUUAAUGGCGGAGGCGGAGAAGAAGCUAAAGUCUUCCCAGUCGUUUUUCGGCUCGUUUUUCGGCGGUUCCUCUAAGUUGGAAGAGGCCUGUGACAUGUAUGUGAGAGCAGCCAACAUGUACAAGAUGGCGAAGAACUGGUGUGGUAAGAAGGCCGACCUCGCCGCCUCCUCCUCGUUCUCGUCUGUAUUCAUCAUCAUUGUUUUAACACCAAACCUUCUGCUCUCAGCUGCAGGAAAUGCUUUCUCCAAAGCUGCUCAUCUUCACCUGCAGAUGCAGAGCAAACACGAUGCAGCCACCAACCUGAUAGACGCUGGAAACGCCUUCAAAAAAGCAGAUCCACAAGAGGCCAUCAACUGCUUAAACCGAGCCAUCGAGAUUUACACAGAUAUGGGUCGUUUCACAAUCGCAGCGAAGCAUCACAUAUCCAUCGCAGAGAUUUACGAGACAGAGUUGGUGGACAUCGACAAGGCAAUUGCUCAUUUUGAACAAGCAGCAGAUUAUUAUAAAGGUGAAGAAUCCACCAGUUCUGCAAACAAGUGCCUUCUUAAAGUUGCGACCUAUGCAGCCCAGCUGGAGCAGUACCAGAAAGCGAUAGAGAUCUACGAGCAGGUUGGAACUCACGCGAUGGACAGCACGCUCCUGAAAUACAGUGCCAAGGAUCACUUCUUCAAGGCGGCGCUGUGUCACUUCUGUGUAGACAUGCUAAACGCAAAGCUUGCCGUGCAGAAGUAUGAAGAAAUGUUUCCAGCGUUUUCAGACUCCAGAGAGUGCAAGCUGUUGAAGAAACUUCUAGAUGCGUAUGAAGAACAGAACGUGGACGGCUACACUGAUGCGGUGAAGGAAUAUGACACCAUUUCCCGUCUGGACCAGUGGCUCACCACCAUGCUGCUACGCAUCAAGAAGGCCAUCCAGGACGACGAGAGCGACCUCCGCUGACCUCACCAGCCGCCUCACAUCCUUCGAUUCCCGCUGCAUUCUUCGUUUUAUGUACUCUAUUUUCUGCCGUCUGCAUUAUGUCUUUGUUGCCUUUUAUUCCACUCUGAACAAGUCUUUAUAUCAUGCGUGUGAACACUAUCUCCCUGGCUGCGCUCGGCACCCGGUAUUAGUUUUACGUUCGGCGUUUGGCCACAAUAUUCAUGAUUGGGAUGCAAUACUACCAGCAGACUAAAACUUUAUUUCUGCUGUCGUGUGAUGAGUGAGAGAGCGCGGGUCACGGUGUGAUUGAAGUGUCCAGAAUAAACUAAACGAACUGAAAUGCGAUUUCUGCCUGCAGCGGUAACAUUUGGAGUUUUAUUUUUCUCUUUAGGGGUCAGAUCGGGGCAUUUCUAAUUAAAAAGCGAGUCUGAGUUGUAACCCUCCUCUGCCUUAAGCUGCUCUCAGGAUGUGAACAGCAGGAUGCUUCCAAAGGGCUGGGCGAUAAUUUUAUACAUCAAUCACAUUUUUUCUUGUUUUUGGAAAAAAAAAUUGCACUGGUUUUUUGUUGUUGUGUUUUUUCCUUUUCCACCAAUUCUCACUUUGUCGUUUAGAGCGAUGCACCAAGAACCGCCGUCUUGUUUUACAGCUUCUAUUUAUUUGCACAUUGAAUUCAGGUCAAACUAUAAGUUAGGUUGAGAUAAAGCCGUAAAACAAAGUAGUAAUUUUUGAGAACUCCGAAGCUAAAAACAAAAAAUCUACCAAGAGUUUUUCUUGUGUAAUUUUAAGACAUUUUUCUGGUAAAAUCGCAUUUUAUUCGGCUAAUAUUAUGACUCCAUUAUUGUAAUUAAACAAAACGUCUCAGUCUGGCCCUAAUCCUGCAUUGACUGAAGUAAAAAAUAUUUUCUGUCUUUUUUUUUUUUUUUUAAAGAAAGUGAUUUAAAAAAAAUGUUAAAAUAGAAUCUGGUACGAAAAAAAUCUUAUUAUCCUCAUAAUUAAAUAUCUACAUGACAAUAUUCUUGUAAUUAAUUUAAAAAUCUUGCAGCUUUCCCCCCUAAUACUGAACUUAAAGAAGGGAUGACUGAAAUAAAAGUCACUUUUUGAAAAUAUUUUCUGUCAUUUGUAAUUUCUGUUUAUAAGGGGGGGAAAAAAACUUAAAAUCAAAUAUGGUAUUAAAAAAUACCUAAGUAAAUAUAUUUUCAUAAUUAAUUUAAAAUUCUUGCAGUUUUCCUCUAAUUUUCUGUCGUUCAAUUUAAAUUGGAGAUGACUGAAAUAAAAGCAAAAUAUUUUCUGUCAUUUGUAAUUUCUUUACAAAAUAAAGCAAUUAAAAUCAGAUUUUAUUUUGAAACCUUAUCGCCCAGCCCUUAUCAGCGGUGACUUUGUGUAUUUAUUCCCAUUUAAAGUCAUUUUAUUCCUGAAAACAUUCAACGACCCUUGACCUUUGUGAUCAUUUGCAUGGCUUGGAAUGAAAGGGAGUUUAUUGGUUUAGCAGAAUGGUUUGUAUUUUUGUAACCAGGCUGAUUAAAAUGUGUUUUACGGCCUGAUGGAGAUGCAAUACAUUUAAAAAAAAGAAAGAAGAAAAAGCUUUAUGGAUCGGGACACUGUGCUCACGCCUCCUCCUGAUGACCCUGUGAAACGUUUGGUCUUAAGCGUUGUGUGUGACGUCUUGUUGAAUAAACCUGAGUGGACCUGCAGCCUGUCUGGGCGUGGUUUACUCCCCGUGUGCGUCCUGCGCCGCCUCAUCCAGCUUCGUUUUAUUAUCCACCACUCUGUGAUGUGGAUGAACUGGAAAUGUAAGCUGGGACAAACAAACUAACUGUGGAAAAACAUUUCCUGCUCGGAGAGAGUGGAGAAUAUUUCAGUCUGCUCCCGUUUUCUUCAUUUCCCCUGUGAGUAGCUUUACUUCUUGCUUUUUGUGCUAAAAUGUAAAAGUUCUGCAUCAGACAAAAUAUCUUCCUAGAAUAAACUAACUGCAAAAACA